AUGAGUACAGUGUGCAUUUUGUUGCUUAUGUCGUUACUUGGUGCAUGCGCUGCCCAAACACUGCCGGUCUGCGAUAGCAAAGUAUCUUCCUUUCAUGCAGAUCCAACGAAUUGCACUCGAUACUAUUCUUGCUAUCAGGGUGUAGCCACACUACUGUCAUGUCCGGAUGAGAAAUACUUCGAUUCCAACAGAACGCUGUGUGAUAUUCCAGCAAACGUCGCUUGCACCAUUGGCCCUUGCACUGGAAAUACUGGACUGACGGCAAAAGCAAUUCCAGAUGUGUGCACCAGCUACAUAUUGUGCUUUGGUGACACAGCAUAUAACAGAACAUGUGCUGACGGUACACUAUUUGAUGCGGCUUUCGGAGACUGCGUGAUGGCAAAAGACAGCACUUGUGUGGAGAAUCCAUGCCUUACGGUCGAUCCGACCACAGCCUUACCAAGCACGUUUUACCCGGUGUUGAACUCAUGCAAAAAAUACAUCAUUUGCGAUAAGCUUAAUCCGGUGUUGCGCACAUGCGCCGGAACAACCGUAUUCAGUCGCACCGUCUCAAAGUGCGUAGCAUCUACAGAUUAUGUUUGCCCACCGGGAACACAGUAA